AUGAAGCUUCUCAGCAGCCUUCUUUGCUGCGCCUUGGUCCUGGGAUCCAGCAGUGGAAGCUGGUUUUCAUUUGUUGGCGAGGCUGCUCAAGGUAAGGUUGGUGGAUGCUGGGUCUCUAGGAUUUUGCCCAAGAUUUCAGAACAGGGCUGGGAACACAAAUACUUCCAUGCUCGGGUGAACUAUGAUGCUGCCCAAAGGGGACCGGGGGGAGCUUGGGCUGCUGAAAAGAUCAGUAAUGCCAGAGAGAACAUGCAGAUGUUAUUGGGCCAUGGACACGAGGACUCCAUGGCUGACCAGGAAGCCAACAGAUGGGGUCGCAGCAGCAAAGACCCCAACUGCUUCAGACCUGCUGAAUGGAUCCUGCUGCACCCAGGUUUGCUUCGUGCCCAUCCGUCCCAGUGCCCAGAGCUGGAGGUGUCAGCCUCGUGA